AUGGCUGUUUCUCAAAUAACAUUGAUUGGCAAGAUUCAACUAUUUUUUAUCUUGAUUUUGCUAAGCAUCAUUAGAUCAAGUCAUCAAACUGUUUAUUCAUGCAAUUCAAGUGUAUCAUGUGGCUGUUCAAAGAAUUCAGCAACAGUAACUCGAAUUGUUGGUGGACAAGAUGCAGCUUCAGCUACAUGGGGUUGGGCUGUUUCACUCCGCAUUGGUACUGGUACUCUCUGUGGUGGAUCAAUAAUAUCAAGCUCAUGGGUUAUUACUGCUGCCCAUUGUAUCAAAAGUCAAACACCGUCACAAUACACUAUUUAUGCUGGAUCAACUACUCGAUGGGUUGGUACUCAAACGCGAACUGCAUCAAAUAUUUUUGUACAUCCGAGUUAUAACUCGGCGACUUAUGUAAAUGAUAUUGCUUUGUUAAAAUUGUCUUCUCCGUUGUCAAUGACUGAUCCUUAUGUGAGUUCUAUUUGUAUGCCAUCGGUUAGUCAAGCUACUCUAUCGGCUGGUGAGUGGCCACCAGUUGGAACAAAUGUAGUAGCUGUUGGAUGGGGAACAUUAAGUCAAGGUGGUUCAUUCCCAACAACACUUCAACAAGUGACUGUACAAACAGUAGCUUAUCAAGCACCAACUUGUAGUCCAACGAUGGUUGAUUGGGCUGUUCAAUUAUGUGCUGGUGUAUCAGGUGGUGGCAAAGAUACUUGUCAAGGAGAUUCAGGAGGACCAUUGAUGAUGUUUAGCUCAAGUAAUCAAUGGGUGUUAAUUGGUGUGACAAGUAGCGGUAUUGGAUGUGCAGAUGCUGCUUAUUCGGGCAUGUAUACCCGAGUUGCUGCAUUUCAAGAUUGGAUAAAUUCGAAUACUAAUUCUACCAAUUCAAAUGGAACAUCAUCGGGCUCUAAUAAUUCUAAUGAUAACAACACGACAACAAUGCUAACGAGGACAACAACGCCAACGACGACAACAACGCCAACGACGACCUUUGGACCUAUCACUUUACAUGCGAACACAGUUGCAGCUUCGAUUCGGAGUGUUUUGGUAAUUGCUUUCUUCAGUUUACUUCCUUUAUCUUUCUAUUGA